UCCACAUUUAUUGGUUAUUCGAAAAUCCACCCCCAAAAUAUGUGAUGAAAAAUGCACCGCCCAAAUAACCUUUUGACGUCGGACUCGGAAUGAUGGAGUGGAACCGACCACACCCUUCUACGAAACGCGUUCCGUUGAAACCCUCCGAUCAUCUCUCUCUCCCCCUCAAACCCUCACUCUGUCGCUAACUAGUCAAUACCCUCACUACUACCACCACUCGAUUCCCGCCCCAUUUUUUUACGAUGGUGAAAAGGAAUCCGAACCCGAACCCGAACCCGAGUCCGAAAGCGUUGGUACCCGAUCAGGACGAGGAGAUUGAUUGGGAGAUGCGCCCAGGUGGCAUGCUGGUCCAGAGGCGGGAAGCCGAGGAUGACGCCUCGGCGACUGCUGGUGGUGGUGCUUCCGCCUCAUUUCGGGGGCCCAUGAUGAAGAUCGACGUAGUUCUCGGCCCGGGCAACGGGCCCCACUUCGAGCUCUUCCUCCCUGCUCACUCCACUUUCGGUGAUAUGAAGAAACAUCUUGCACAGAAGGCUGAUUUGGAGCCAGAGGAGCAGAGACUCUUUUUCAGGGGGGUGGAGAAGGCAGAUGAGGAGCAUCUGGACAUUGUUGGUGUGAAGAAUAACUCGAAGGUGCUGCUUCUGGAGGCCCGAAAGGAGAGUAAGGUUGAGGAGGUAAAUCAAAGCAAUGAGAUGCCAAACAAUGCUGGAGAAGUUGGAGUCAACAGCAAAGAGAUGCCAAACAAUGGUGGACAGGUUGGAGCCAAAAGCAAUGUGAUGUCAAAAGCUUCUUGUGCAAUUGCUGAAGUCAUAGCCGAGGUUGAUAAGCUUGCAGAGAGGGUUGCUGCCUUGGAAGUGGCUGUGGCUGGCGGGACCAAGGUUUCCGAUAAAGAAUUUGUUGUGUCAACAGAGUUGCUCAUGAGGCAGUUGCUGAAAUUGGACAGCAUUCAAGCUGAAGGAGAAGAAAAAAUGCAACGCAGGGCAGAGGUGCGACGUGUCCAGAACUUUGUGGAUGCAUUGGAUGCUCUAAAGGCGAGGAACAGCAAUCCAGUUAAAAACAGUAGCGAUGCUACCGCAGUAACAACCAAGUGGGAGACCUUUGACUCGGGAGUUGGAUGCCUAGAUCCCCCAACCGCAACGCCAGAGCCAUCGUCAACAGAACCAAAUCAGGAAUGGGAACACUUCGAUUAGCCAAAAGUUCUCUCUGCUUUUCUGAGUUUCAGGAUUCAUAGUGGAACAUUAGAUACUUUAGCAUGCAAAGUAGCUAUUUUUGGGAACUGGUACCCACUUUCACAGUUCAAGGGUUUGUAUAACAGCCUUAAAUCACUGUAAAGGAAACUACCAUCUGCUCAGAUCAAAUGGAUUUGGUAUAUUUUGGAUUUAUAAUUGAUUCGUUUUGCGUGUUAUGUU